UUCUACAAUGCCAGGAAAACGAUCCUAACCCAAGGCAGCUGAACAGAAUCCAGAAGGUAACUGCAAACAGGAGACUCAAGAGUGCUUCACAGCUUGGAGGAGACCAGCUUCAUUGCAGCUUACAGAGUGGUAGAUGUUUGCUAAUUAGCCUUCAGCGAAGAUGCCUACCGAGUGAUCACAGAAGGGAAGAAUGCCUUACUAUCAUGAAGAACGUGUAACUAUCUUCUGAGAAUAAUUCUUUCAACUGGAAGUUGUUGAUGAGUUCAAAAUAAGAUUCUAAAUGCUACAGAAGUAUUGAAAGAUUGCUCGGUCAUGAGCACGGACAGUAACUCAUUGGCUCGUGAAUUUCUGACCGAUGUCAACCGGCUUUGCAAUGCAGUGGUUCAGCGGGUGGAGGCCAGGGAGGAAGAAGAGGAGGAGACACACAUGGCAGCACUUGGGCAAUACCUUGUUCAUGGCCGAGGAUUUCUGCUACUUACCAAACUCAAUUCCAUUAUUGAUCAGGCACUGACAUGUAGAGAAGAACUCCUGACUCUUCUCCUCUCACUCCUUCCAUUGGUAUGGAAGAUACCUGUUCAGGAAACAAAGGCAGCAGAUUUUAAUCUACCAUUCUCAGCUGGUAUAAUCCUGACCAAAGAAAAGAACUCAUGUUCACAACGACCUACUCAGGAAAAAUUAUAUUUAGAAAGAAGUGCCCCAUCUGGUCCAGUUUCAGCAAAAGUAAAUGUUUUUAGAAAAAGCAGACAACAGCGUAAAAUCGCACAUCGAUACUCUAUAAGAGAUGCAAGAAAGACACAGAUUUCCACUUCAGAUUCAGAAGCCAAUUCAGAUGAGAAAAGUGUAGGAGUGAAUAAGUACAGACGGUCCCAUCUGCUGCAGCAUUUUGUAACACAUUCUCCUAAAGAAGACCUCCUUACAGCUAAACUUGACCAUACGUCCACCAAAGAGCAGACUCCUCCAGAGACAAUGGCUUCAGAAAGUUCCAGAGAGAUUAUUCCAAGACAGGAGUCAAAUACUGACAUUUUAAGUGAGCCAGCUGCCUUGUCUAUUAUCAGUCAGAUGAACAAUACACCAUUUGAUUUAUGUCAUGUUUUGUUAUCUUUACUAGAGAAAGUUUGCAAGUUUGACAUUACCCUGAACCAUAAUUCUGCCCUAGCAGCCAGUGUGGUACCCACACUGACAGAAUUCCUAGCAGGUGUUGGGGACUGUUGUAAUCUAAGUGACAAUUUAGAGAGUCAAAUGGUUUCCUUAGGUUGGACUGAAGAGCCAGUGGCUUUGAUUCAACGGAUGCUUUUUCGAACAGUGUUGCAUCUCAUGUCUGUAGAUAUUACUACUGCAGAGAUGAUGCCAGAACAUCUUAGAAAAAAUUUAACUGACUUACUUAGAGCAGCUUUAAAAAUUAGAACUUGUCUAGAAAAACAGUCUGAUCCUUUUGCACCAAGACAAAAGAAAACACUACAAGAGAUUCAGGAAGGUUUUGUGUUUUCCAAGUAUCGUCAUAGAGCCCUUCUUUUACCUGAGCUUCUGGAAGGAGUUCUACAGAUCCUGAUCUGUUGUCUUCAAAGUGCAGCUUCAAAUCCCUUUUUCUUCAGUCAGGCCAUGGACUUGGUUCAAGAAUUCAUUCAACAUCACGGGUUUAAUCUGUUUGAAACAGCAGUUCUUCAAAUGGAAUGGCUGGUUUUAAGAGAUGGAGUUCCUGCUGAGGCCUCAGAACAUUUGAAAGUUCUAAUAAAUAGUGUGAUGAAAAUAAUGAGCACUGUCAAAAAAGUGAAGUCAGAGCAACUUCAUCAUUCAGUGUGUACAAGGAAAAGGCACAGGCGGUGUGAAUAUUCACAUUUUAUGCACCAUCACAGAGAUCUCUCAGGUCUUCUGGUUUCAGCUUUUAAAAAUCAGGUGUCCAAAAAUCCAUUUGAAGAGACUGCAGAUGGAGAUGUUUACUAUCCUGAGCGAUGCUGUUGUAUUGCAGUGUGUGCUCAUCAGUGUUUACGACUACUGCAGCAGGCCGCCUUGAGCAGUACUUGCAUCCAGAUUCUGUCAGGCGUUCACAGUGUUGGAAUAUGCUGUUGUAUGGAUCCCAAAUCUGUCAUCAUUCCUUUGCUCCAUGCUUUCAAAUUGCCAGCACUGAGAAACUUUCAACCGCAUAUCCUGAAUAUCCUUAGCAAACUUAUUUUGGAUCAGUUAGGAGGAGCUGAGAUAUCACAAAAAAUCAAGAAAGCAGCUUGCAAUAUCUGUACUGUGGAUUCAGAUCAACUGGGCAAAUUAGAAGAGACACUGCAGGUACACUCGUAUGAUAAUGAGCCUUCCUCAAACUUAUCUAGUCCUUCUUAUAAAUUCCAAGGGAUCCUUCCCAGCAGUAUAUCUGAAGACUUGUUGUGGAAAUGGGACGCCUUAGAAGCUUAUCAGAAUUUAAUUUUUGAAGAAGACAGACUGCAUAGUAUGCAGAUUGCGAAUCAUAUUUGUAAUUUAAUCCAGAAAGGCAAUGUAGUUGUUCAGUGGAAAUUGUACAACUACAUAUUUAACCCUGUGCUCCAAAGAGGAGUUGAGUUAGCACAUCAUUGUCAACAUCUUAGCAUUGCUUCAGCUCGAGCUCAUAUAUGCAGCCAUCACAACCAGUGUUUGCCUCAGGAAGUGCUUCAGAUUUAUUUAAAAACUCUGCCUACCCUGCUUAAAUCCAGGGUAAUAAGAGACUUAUUCCUAAGUUGUAAUGGAGUAAAUCAAAUAAUUGAAUUAAAUUACUUAGAUGGGAUUCGAAAUCAUUCCCUAAAAGUAUUUGAAACUCUGAUAAUCAGCCUAGGGGAACAACAGAAAGACUCUUCAAGUCCAGGUAUUGCUGGGAUAGACACUGGACAGCAGGCACUGCCAUCCUUAAAUGUAGGUACUUGUUUUCACAACCAGCAAACUUACUCAGAUUCUCCUCAGAGUCUUAGCAAAUUUUAUGCUGGCCUCAAAGAAGCUUAUCCUAGAAAACAGAAGACUGCUAACCAGGAUGUUCAUAUCAACACAAUAAACCUCUUCCUCUGUGUGGCAUUCUUAUGUGUAAGUAAAGAAGCAGAACCUGACAGAGAGCCAGCCAAUGAUUCAGAAGAUACUUCUGGCUAUGACAGUACAGCAAGUGAGCCAUUGCACCAUAUGCUGCCCUGUUUGUCUCUUGAUAGCCUUGUCUUACCUUCUCCUGAACACAUGCAUCAAGCAGCAGAUAUUUGGUCCAUGUGUUGUUGGCUCUACAUGUUAAGUCCAGUUUUCCAGAAACAGUUUCAUAGACUUGGUGGCUUUCGAGUGUGUCAUAAAUUAGUAUUUAUGAUUAUCCAGAAACUAUUCAGAAGUCAUAAAAAAGAGCAAGAAAAAAUACCAGGGGAUGUACUACAUGUGGCUGAAAAGCAGGACUUCAACAGAACUUCUCAACCUGGCAUCACAAUGAAGGAGGGUUUAUUAUCUUUGACUCCAAAAAGUGACCCAGCCCCACUAGGGCUGGAUAGUCAAAAAAAGAGUGUUGACAGUUUAGGUCAAUUAGAGUCACAGCAUCUUUCUCCCAUAAGUGUGGAACAAAUUUCAGCUACCGAAACUGCUGCUGAGGAAGCAAAGGUAUUUGUGAGUCAAGAAAAUAAAACCUCCCUUCAGCGCAUACGACUUUUGGAAGCCCUUUUGGCCAUUUGUCUUCAUAGCAUCAGAGCUAGUCAACAAAAGGUGGAGUUGGAUUUACCUAAUCAGAACUUCUCUGUGGAUAAUAUAUUGUUGGAAAUGAGGGACCAUCUCUCCCAGUCAAAGGUGAUUGAAACAGAAUUAGCAAAGCCCUUACUUGAUGCCCUGUUUCGAGUUGCACUGGGGAAUCAUUCAGCAGAUUUUGAACAUAAUGAUGCUGCGACUGAGAAGAGCCAUCAGUCUGAAGAGGAAUUGUCAUCCCAUCCUGGUGAUUUUUCAGAAGAAGCUGAGGAUGCUCAGUGUUGUAGCCUUAAACUUUUGAUUGAAGAAGAAGGAUAUGAAGCAGAUAGUGAAAGCAACCCUGAGGACAGUGAGGCCCGGGAUGACGGGAUAGACUUAAAGCCUGAAGCAGAAGACUUCCAUGCGUCAAGCCAUCCAAAUGACUUUCUUGAAAACCCCACUCAAGGGGAAAUAAUAUAUCCUGAGAUUUGUAUGCUGGAAUUGCAUUUACUUUCUACUAGUAAAGUCAAACUUGAUGUACUUGCUCAUGUAUUUGAGUAUUUUUUGAAAAUCAUCAGGCAGAAAGAAAAGAAUAUUGAUUUGCUCAUGCAACAGGGAACUGUAAAAAAUCUUUUAGGAGGAUUCUUGAGUAUCUUAACACAGACUGAUUCUGACUUUCAGGCAUGCCAGAGAGUAUUGGUCGAUCUCCUGGUAUCUUUGAUGAGUUCAAGAACAUGUUCAGAAGAACUAACCCUUCUCUUAAGAAUAUUUCUGGAGAAAUCUCCUUGUACAGAAGUUCUUCUUCUGGGUAUUCUAAAAAUUGUCGAAAGUAACAUUUCAACAAGUCCUUCACAAUAUCUAACCUUCCCUUUGCUGUACACUCCAAAUUUAAGUAACGGUGUCUCAUCACAAAAGUGUCCUGGGAUUCUGAACAGUAAAACCAUGGGACUAUUAAGAAGAGCACGAAUUUCUCGGAGCAAGAAAGAGGCUGACAUUGAAGGUUUUCCCCAGCAGCUGCUGUCCUCUUGGCACGUAGCCCCAGUUCACCUGCCAUUGCUGGGCCAAAACUGCUGGCCACACCUAUCGGAGGGCUUCAGCAUUUCACUAUGGUUUAGUGUGGAGUAUAUCCAUGAAGCUGAGAGCAGCACAGAGAAAGGAAAGAAGAUGAAGAAAAAACUCACAUCAUUGAUUUCACAGGAUGAUAGUUUUGAUGGAACAGAAAACAGCAGACCAGAAGGUGCAGAGUACAUAAAUCUGGGUGAAAGACUCAUAGAAGCUGGCUGUAUUCAUCUGAUUUCACUGGGAUCCAAAGCAUUGAUGAUCCAAGUGUGGGCUGAUCCUCAAAAUCGCACUUUUAUCUUUCGUGUGUGCAUGGAUUCAAAUGAUGACACAAAAGCUAUUUUACUAGCACAGGCUGAGUCACAGGAAAAUAUUUUUCUCCCAAGCAAAUGGCAACAUUUAGUGCUCACCUACUUGCAGCAACCCCAAGGGAAAAAGAAUAUUCAUGGGAAAAUUUCCACAUGGGUCUCUGGACAGAGGAAACCGGACGUUACUUUGGAUUUCAUGCUUCCAAGAAAAACAAGUCUGUCAUCUGACAGUAAUAAGACAUUUUGCAUGAUUGGCCAUUGCUUAUCAUCUCAAGAAGAAUUUUUGCAAUUGGCUGGAAAAUGGGACUUAGGAAACUUACUCCUCUUCAAUGGAGCCAAGAUUGGUUCACAAGAGGCCUUUUAUUUAUAUGCUUGUGGACCCAACCACACAUCUGUAAUGCCAUGCAAAUAUGGCAAGCCUGUGAAUUACUACUCCAAAUAUAUUAGUAAAGAAAUUUUGCAAUGUGAACAAAUCAGAGAACUUUUUACGACCAAAAAAGAUUUGGACAUUGGUCUCUUAAUUGAAAGCCUUUCAGUUGUUUAUACAACUAGCUGUCCUGCACAGUACACCAUUUAUGAACCAGUUAUUCGACUUAAAGGUCACAUGAAAACUCAGCUGUCUCAAAGACCCUUUAGUUCAAAAGAUGUUCAGAGUAUCAUAUUAGAGCCUCAUCAUCUAAAGAAUCUUCAGCCUACUGAGUGUAAAACUAUUCAAGGCAUUCUGCAUGAGAUUGGUGGAACUGGUAUAUUUAUUUUUCUCUUUGCUAGGGUUGUAGAACUCAGUAGCUGUGAAGAAAGUCAAGGAUUAGCAUUAAGAGUUAUAUUAUUAUUAAUUAAAUACAACCAACAGAGAAUACAUGAAUUAGGAAAUUGUAAUGGACUUUCCAUGAUUCAUCAGGUGUUGAUCAAACAAAAAUGCAUUGUUGGCUUUCAUAUUUUGAAGACUCUUCUUGAAGGUUGCUGUGGUGAGGAUAUUAUUCAUAUCAAUGAGAAUGGAGAUUUUAAGUUGGAUGUAGAAUCUAAUGCUAUAAUCCAAGAUGUUAAACUACUUGAGGAGUUACUGCUUGACUGGAAGAUAUGGAAUAAAGCAGAGCAUGCUGUUUGGGAAACUUUACUCGCAGCUCUGGAAGUCCUCAUCAGAGCAGAUCACCAGCAGCAGAUGUUUAAUAUUAAACAGCUAUUAAAAGCUCGAGUGGUUCAUCACUUCCUACUUACUUGUCAAGUUUUGCAGGAACACAAAGAGGGGCAGCUUACAUUCAUGCCCCGAGAGGUUUGUAAAUCCUUUGUGAAAAUUAUAGCAGAAGUCCUUGGAUCUCCUCCAGAUUUGGAAUUAUUGACAGUUAUCUUCAAUUUCCUUUUAGCAGUUCACCCUCCUACUAAUACUUAUGUUUGUCACAACCCCACAAGCUUCUACUUUUCUUUGCACAUAGAUGGCAAGAUCUUUCAGGAGAAAGUACAAUCAAUCAUGUACCUGAGGCAUUCUAGCAGUGGAGGGAAGUCCAUUGCUAGCCCUGGAUUUAUAGUAAUAAGCCCAUCUGCUUUUACUGCUUCACCACCUGAAGGAGCCAGUUCCUCCAAUACUAUUUCACAACAGAUGACUACCAGCAUGCAACGUUCUAAAAGCCUACCAGCAUUUCCUAGUGUUUCACUUUUAAGGAAUCCACAAAAACUGACUAGAAGUUUGGAUUAUAAUAUCAAUAAGUUGCAAGAUGUUGCAGAUAUCUGUGUUACUUCCCAUCCCGAGAAAUGGAGUUCUCUGGGGAGUUGUGAGACACUGAAAAAAGGCAAGGAAGAUGUAUGCCUCAGUAGUUGUGAGUCUGCAAAAACUGUUUGUGAAAUGGAAGCUCUUCUCUCAGCCCAAGCCCCUUUCAGUGAUGUCUCAAAAGGGACUUUAAGUUUUCCAGUGGUGAAGGCUAAUCAAAAAGAAACGGGAGCAGAAGCCAGAUCAGAGGAUGACAGUCCUGGAGAUGAGUCCUGUCUACGCCGGCCUGAUAACUUGAAGGGACUGGCCUCGUUCCAGCAAAGUCACAGUACCAUUGCAAGCCUAGGACUAGCUUUUCCGUCACAGAAUGGGUCUGCAGCCUUUGGCCUAUGGCCAAGUGUUGUUGAUAGGAACAGUGAUGACUGGGAAAACUUUGCCUUUUCUCUUGGCUGUGGGUCAAACUACAGCAAAACUACACACACUCACAGUGUAACUGAAGACUGUUUGGUGCCUAUAUGUUGUGGACUAUAUGAACUCUUAAGUGGAAUUCUUCUUAUUUUGCCUGAUGUUAUGCUUGAAGAUGUGAUGGACAAGCUUAUCCAAGCAGAUACACUUUUAGUCCUUGUUAACCACCCAUCACCUGCAAUACAACAAGGAGUUAUUAAGCUAUUAGAUGCAUAUUUUAAUAGAGCAUCUAAAGAGCAAAAAGAUAAAUUUCUGAAGAAUCGUGGCUUUUCUUUGCUCGCCAACCAGUUGUACCUUCAUCGUGGAACUCAGGAAUUAUUAGAAUGCUUCAUUGAAAUGUUCUUUGGUCGACGUAUUGGCCUUGAUGAAGAAUAUGACCUAGAAGAUGUGAAAAACAUGGGACUUUUUCAGAAGUGGUCUGUCAUUCCUAUUCUUGGACUAAUAGAGACCUUUCUGUAUGACAACAUGCUUUUGCAUAAUACUCUUUUACUUCUUCUCCAAAUAUUAAAUUCUUGUUCUAAGGUAGCAGAUAUGUUGUUGGAUAAUGGUCUACUCUACGUGUUAUGUAAUACAGUAGCAGCCCUGAAUGGAUUAGAGAAGAAUAUUCCUCUGAAUGAAUAUAAAUUGCUUGCUUGUGAUAUACAGCAACUCUUCAUAGCAGUUACAAUCCAUGCUUGUAGUUCCUCAGGCUCCCAGUAUUUUAGAGUUAUUGAAGAUCUUAUUGUACUGCUUGGAUAUCUUCAAAAUAGCAAGAAUAAGAGGACACAGAAUAUGGCUGUUGCACUUCAGUUUAGAGUUCUCCAGGCUGCUAUGGAAUUCAUAAGGACCACUGCAAGCCAUGACCCUGAAAACCUUUCUGAUUCAUUCCAAUUACCUGCUUCUCACCAUCAAGCAGCAUUUCAGAAACGGAAGAGCAUCACUGGUUCAAUUCCAGUGAAGGCUUCCAUUAUUCCUCAACUACCAAGACGCCAUUUUGGUUCCUAUGGUCAACUUCCGAUGCCUUUCUCCUUCAAUAUGUUAAGUCAAGACUUAUUUCCCCAGUUUCCUCCUGGAUCCACUACCUGUGUGGCACCUUGUGGAGCAGGGCCUCGAAAUUUUCCCCUUGUUCACACUGACUCUCUUCUGAUGAAAAUGCGUUCAGUGGCAAGUGAUGAACUUCACAUGAUGAUGCAACGGAGAAUGAGUCAGGAGAACCCUGUCCAGGCAACAGAAACAGAGCUGGCACAAAGACUGCAGAGGCUCACCAUUUUAGCAGUUAACAGGAUUAUUUAUCAAGAAUUUAAUCCAGAUAUUACUGACAUUUUGAGUACUCCAGAAAAUACAGUUCAAAGCAAGACCUCACUUUCUCAGACUGAAAUUUCAGAAGAAGAUACUCAUCACGAACAGCUUUCUAUCUUCAAUCCAUUUCAGAAAGGCAUAUUCACAUAUCUGGUAGAGGGAUUCAAAGUAUCUAUUGGUUCAAGUAAAGCCUCUGGCUCUAAGCAGCAGUGGACUAAAAUCUUAUGGUCUUGUAAGGAAACCUUUCGAAUGCAGCUUGGGAGACUGUUGGUUCAUAUUUUGUCACCCACACACCCUUCAGAAGAGAGAAAGCAAAUUUUUGAAAUCAUUCGUGAGCCAAAUCAUCAGGAAAUACUACGAGACUGUCUCAGCCCUUCCCUGCCGCAUGGAGCCAAGUUAGUUUUGUAUUUGUCAGAGCUGAUACACAAUCAUCAAGAUGAACUGACCAAAGAAGAACUAGACUCAGCAGAACAGCUCAUGAAUGCUUUCAAACUAUGUGGUCAUAAGUGCAUCCCUCCCAGUGCACCAACAAAAUCAGAACUUAUUAAAUUGAUCAAAGAGGAACAAAAGAAAUACGAAGCUGAAGAAGGUAUGACUAAAGCCACCUGGCAGAGAACAGUUAAUAGUAAUCAACAAAGUCUCUUUCAACGCCUUGAUUCAAAAUCAAAGGAUAUAUCUAAAAUAGCUGCAGAUAUCACCCAAGCAGUGUCUCUCUCCCAGGGAAUCGAGAGAAAAAAGGUGAUCCAGCAUAUCAGAGGGAUGUAUAAAGUGGAUCUGAGUGCCAGCAGACAUUGGCAGGAGCUUAUUCAGCAGCUGACGCAUGACAGAGCUGUUUGGUAUGACCCUAUCUACUAUCCAACUUCAUGGCAGUUGGAUCCAACAGAAGGUCCAAAUAGAGAAAGGAGGCGUUUACAGAGAUGCUACUUAACUAUUCCAAAUAAGUAUCUCCUUAGAGACAGACAAAAGACAGAAGAUGUAGUCAAACCACCACUUGCUUAUCUAUUUGAAGACAAAACUCAUUCUUCUUUCUCCUCAACUGUGAAAGAUAAAGCUGCAAGUGAGUCUAUAAGAGUGAAUAGAAGAUGUAUCAGUGUUGCACCAUCUAGAGAGACAGCUGGUGAACUGUUAUUAGGCAAAUGUGGAAUGUAUUUCGUGGAAGAUAAUGCUUCUGAUACAGUUGAAAGUUCGAGCCUUCAGGGAGAAUUGGAGCCAGCAUCAUUUUCCUGGACAUAUGAAGAAAUAAAAGAGGUUCACAAGCGUUGGUGGCAAUUAAGGGAUAACGCUGUGGAAAUCUUUUUAACAAAUGGCAGAACACUCCUGUUAGCAUUUGAUAACACCAAGGUUCGAGAUGAUGUGUACCACAGCAUACUAACAAAUAACCUUCCUAAUCUUCUGGAAUAUGGCAACAUUACUGCUCUGACAAAUUUAUGGUAUACUGGACAAAUUACUAAUUUUGAAUAUUUAACUCACUUAAACAAACAUGCUGGCCGAUCCUUCAAUGAUCUCAUGCAGUAUCCAGUCUUCCCAUUUAUACUGGCUGACUACAUUAGUGAGACCCUUGAUCUCAGUGAUUCAUCCAUUUACAGAAAUCUCUCUAAGCCUAUAGCUGUUCAGUACAAAGAAAAAGAAGAUCGGUAUGUGGAUACAUACAAAUACUUGGAAGAAGAGUACCGCAAAGGUGCCAGGGAAGAUGACCCCAUGCCUCCAGUACAACCUUACCACUAUGGCUCCCACUAUUCUAACAGUGGCACUGUGCUUCACUUUUUGGUCCGAAUGCCUCCUUUCACAAAAAUGUUCUUAGCCUAUCAAGAUCAAAGUUUUGACAUUCCAGACAGAACUUUUCAUUCUACAAAUACAACCUGGCGCCUCUCAUCUUUUGAAUCUAUGACUGAUGUGAAAGAACUUAUCCCAGAGUUUUUCUAUCUUCCAGAAUUCUUAGUUAAUCGUGAAGGUUUUGAUUUUGGUGUGCGGCAGAAUGGUGAACGAGUUAACCAUGUCAACCUCCCACCUUGGGCACGUAAUGAUCCUCGACUUUUUAUCCUCAUCCAUCGGCAGGCUCUUGAGUCUGAUUAUGUGUCCCAAAACAUUAGUCAGUGGAUUGACUUGGUGUUUGGGUAUAAGCAAAAAGGAAAGGCUUCUGUUCUAGCCAUCAAUGUUUUUCAUCCUGCUACAUAUUUUGGAAUGGAUGUCUCUGCAGUUGAAGAUCCCGUUCAGAGACGAGCACUAGAAACCAUGAUAAAAACGUAUGGCCAAACUCCUCGUCAGUUGUUCCAGUCAGCUCAUGCAGGCAGACCUGGAUCCAAGCUUAACAUGGAAGGAGAGCUUCCUGCUGCUGUGGGGCUAUUAGUGCAGUUUGCCUUUAGGGAAACCCGAGAACAGGUCAAAGAAAUCACCUAUCCGAGCCCUUUGUCAUGGAUAAAAGGCUUGAAGUGGGGCGAGUAUGUUGGUUCCCCCAGUGCUCCAGUACCUGUAGUCUGCUUCAGCCAGCCCCAUGGAGAAAGAUUUGGUUCUCUCCAGGCUCUACCCACCAGAGCAAUCUGUGGUUUGUCCCGAAAUUUCUGUCUCCUGAUGACAUACAGCAAAGAACAAGGUGUGAGAAGCAUGAACAGUACUGACAUUCAGUGGUCAGCCAUCCUGAGCUGGGGCUAUGCCGAUAACAUCUUACGAUUGAAGAGCAAACAGAGCGAGCCACCAAUAAACUUCAUACAAAGUUCACAACAGUAUCAGGUGACUAGCUGUGCCUGGGUACCUGACAGUUGCCAACUGUUUACGGGGAGCAAAUGUGGUGUCAUCACAGCCUACACUAACAGAUUUACAAAUGGCACGCCAUCAGAGAUAGAAAUGGAGUCUCAGAUACAUCUCUAUGGACACACAGAAGAGAUUACCAGCUUAUUUGUUUGCAAACCAUACAGUAUAAUGAUAAGUGUGAGCAGAGAUGGAACCUGCAUCAUAUGGGAUUUAAACAGAUUGUGCUAUGUGCAAAGUCUGGUGGGACACAAAAGCCCUGUCACUGCUGUCUCUGCCAGUGAAACCACAGGCGACAUUGCCACUGUGUGUGAUUCAGCUGGUGGAGGUAGUGAUCUCAGACUCUGGACAGUGAAUGGGGACCUAGUUGGACAUGUCCACUGCAGAGAGAUCAUUUGGUCUGUUGCUUUCUCUAACCAACCUGAGGGAAUAUCUAUCAAUGUGAUUGCUGGAGGAUUAGAAAAUGGGAUAGUAAGGUUAUGGAGUACAUGGGACCUAAAGCCUGUGCGGGAGAUUACAUUUCCUAAAUCCAACAGGCCCAUCAUAAGCCUUACAUUUUCCUGUGAUGGUCACCAUUUGUACACAGCAAAUAGCGAUGGGACUGUGAUUGCCUGGUGUCGGAAGGACCAACAGCGCUUGAAGCAGCCCAUGUUCUACUCCUUCCUUAGCAGCUAUGCAGCUGGAUGAAUGAGAGAAAACGCCCUAUUCUCUAAGGCACUGCUAACUCCAAACUAAAUCUGGUGAUGUCACUAUGACCAAACUAUUCAAAUAAUGACAGUCUCUUGAUCUGCAUAAAAUUCUGCAGCCUCUCAAGGUCUUGAAAGAAAGAGUUUUGGUCUUAGUGAUAAUCUGGAGGUUGUGUCAGGAAGCACUAACCAACAAAAUUCAAGUCUUCCAUGGUAAAUUAAAGUCAUAUUCUUAAAGAUUCCCCCCCCAUAAAAGGGUAUUUUAAAGCAUAAAUUCUCUUCUUUUUCUGUUAUUUCAGAGGGUCAAUGGAUUUAAUUGGUUAGCUACUUGUUUAUAUAAUUAUAUUUUAAAGGUUGUAUGUCAAGAUAAUCCCCUAAAACAUGGUAAGGGGUGAGGGGAGGAAAAGAUAAAGAAUUCAGAACUGUAUUAAUUCCUUUCACUGAGAAGUUAUUUAGUAGAUGCCUCUCUACCAAACAUUUCCUGGAAUAUCUGAAUACUGAAAACAAAUUACUAAUGCAUCUCAGUGUCAGGCAGUUUUUGCCAGUUGCCAUGUAGCUCAAAGUAGAACCCCAAUCUUCUAUAAUCCAUGAAAAGAAUACAAAUAUCUUUGAUUUCAGACAUAUUUUGUUUCAUCAUAAGGAUCUUAUUUUGACUUCUUAACACUAGAUAUUAAAUAUCCUUAGUUGAGUCACUAAGAUUUAAACACAAUGAUAAAGCUCUUAAUACCUGCCAUUUAUAGAGCAUUGACUACUUUACAAUUUAUAAAAAUAAAAAAACUCCUAUUAUGCAAAAAAUUUCCGCAAAUAUUACAGAUAUGGUCUAGGUAAAGCAUUUAAUCUCGGGUGCGGAAAGAGUUCUCAGUUCCCAAACAGAAUUCUACAAUAAUGGGAGACAUCUUAACUUUGUUCUUAAAUAGGAGGCAGAAUCAUUCUUUGAGGCAACAGUUUUUACUGUCCCUACUAAUCUGUAUCCCCUAAGAAUUCUAAGGACAACAGAAAAAGUUAAGUAUAUGCUACUGCAAACUUACAUGCUAUAAAGACAAAAUUCCUAAAUACCUUUUAUCUCUACCAUGAUAUGUGGCUACAUUCUUACUUUGGGUGCUGCGAUUUUGGCUUCGAAAACACUGUAAACUAAGCUCAAUAAAUAACGUGCUACCAUGGGAUAAAAAUAUGUAUUCCUGCCUAAGAAUAACUUGGCGUGUUUGUUGUGGAUACUUAAUUCAUAUGGUGUUUACAGAACUACUUUUGUAACUUCCAGACUUUCUAAAACAUUCUGCUUAAAACCUGUAGGAAACAAUUCCACAGUCUCUGCUGUCAAGGUGACCACACCAGGAAGCAGGUGGCCAUGUAUGCUUACAGCCUUAACCGCAUGCAUAUGGAAGAGCGCCCUGGGCUCUCAACCCUGAAGGCCAGAUAGUUGCAGAGAUGAGAUUAUUCCUAUUCACGUUGAAGUGAUUUGCUUUGUAUUAAAAAAAAAUGCAGCUAUUGUCUAGCUUUCAUUUUUCUACUGAGAGCUUUAAAUUAGCUCCCUACUAGAAUAGGGUUGCUACUCAGUCUUUUUUUUUUAAGGCCGAAUUUCAUCAUUUAUCUAAUGAGAAAAUAUGCAAAAUAAUUGGUCUUGUUAAGAGUGCAAUAUUAUAUUUUUAUGUAAAAAUGAAAUAAAUUGGGGCAACUAUUUAUUCAGCACGUAAGUUCAUAUGUGUACGUUUGAAAUACUUUGUAAUGUGCAUGUAGCAGACAUUUCUGUAAAUUAUCACAAGCUCUUAUCUUUGUAUACAUUGCCACUUUAAAUUGGGAAUAAAUUUCAUAAAAAUCAA